GCAUUAAUUACAAUUGAGCACUUUGAAUAUCUUUAUACAGAUGACUAUAUUAAGGAUUUUUUGCAUAAAAUUCUUGCUAAUUGGAAUAUAAUCGAUAAAUUAAAUGUUGCAACUACAGAUAAUGCUGCAUCUAUAGUUAAAGCAAUAAAGCAACUUGGAGUUACUCAUUUGGAAUGUGCAGCACAUUCUAUUUAUCUUGCUAUUACAGAUAGAUUAAAAAAAGAUACUA